AUGUCAAACAGAAACUACGCUCAUAAAUCCAGGAGUUCCCGGAAGCUUGAUGACCCUGAGAGCCAAGUUAUGGAUCUGGUGUCCAAAUACAAGGAUAUCAAGGAACCCCGUCCGGUGCUACGUGAGAUCCUUGGGAAACCCGAAAUAUACCGACUUCUCUGGGAAAUUAUUGCACACCAGCUGGCUCUCAUCAAGUCUCGAUCGCAGGCGUUCGAGGACGGCCACAUCACGGUGUACGACAAGGCGUUGCUGAUGCUGUCCAAAAACGGCAACGAAAUCUCCAAUGCAGGAGCCCUGGAGCUUUACAUCGAAGAAUUCAUGGGCAUCAGCCAGAAUAAACACGGUCAGGUGCUGGAUGAGGUUCUGGAGAAGCAUGUUGCGCUGAAGGCCCUUUUUAUCAAACUCUCCCAGCCUGAUAGCAAUGGAAUGGCAGAAAAAAGAGAUGCCCUCGGAGAGAGAACCAGACAGUCCAAAAACCGCCCUCACAAUGGUCGACGUUUCGAGACAAAGGACAGCGCACGCAGCAACGACACUACCGUCGAUGACAAGAUCACGCGCAUCCUCGACGUCUAUUUCAAGGCCAAGGAGGACUAUUACAACCUGGAUGGCGCCAGCUAUAUGGAAAAGGCCAAGGCUGCCCGAUUUCUGCGCGACACGGCGGAGAAUAGUCUGAAUUGCCUUCGAGCCCGUGGUUUAACGACGCACAGGAUGGUACCAGAGCUCGAGGAAAUGUUCCAAUAUGCCAAGGACAAAGCUACGGAGCUCUUGGGGGGCAAAAAGAGGCGCUUCGAGAUCACAGAGGUUACCGAGAUUCCGUUGAAACGUCCUCGCCAGAGCUGGACCCGUCACGGAUCUCAAUACUACAGACCCUGA